GCGUGGCCUUGGCGCCGUUAAGAUGGCGGCGGGUUGGAGCUGACUCCUGCUGAUUCCUCUGGAAGAGCUGAUCAAAGGCCAGCAGCAGCAGAAGAGCCUCUAGAACUGGGAGCAGAGUUCCAGGAAGCCACAGAGCCAUGGGAGACAGUUCCCCUGCGUCCCCUGGGCUCUGUCAGGAGUUCAGACAGGACCCACUCCCCAGGGCUAAGAGGCUGUCGGAUUCUGCAGUGCAGGUGCAGGCCCUGCAGUCAGCUAAGAAAGCCUGUGUGCUGAGGCGUGGCUGCAGCACUCCAGACCCAGCAGGGAAUCCUCUCUUCCCUUCCCCAACCUCUGGCUGCUCCCUUUUCCUGGAGGAGAGUGCCCAGGAUGAGUUUGGUGCCAGUUUUUCUGUGCCCAAAUAUGACGACGUGGCCAUUUCCCUGGACAUCAGCGGGUGUUUCGACGACAGCGAGCUGGAUGACUCCUUGCUGGAGCUGUCAGGGAGUGAGAAAGGGAAUUCUCCCUUUGAUUACACCGAGGAAGAGAUCCAGGAAAUCUUGGCAGAUGAUUCCAUGGAAGCUGAGCAGCAGCACCUCGCUGGUGAAAGCCACCUGAGCCAAAGUGUGAGCGGAGAGAGUGACAAGACAGAGAGCAGCGGCUGCACCGCAGGGAUAUUGGUCAGUGAGGCAGCCUCAGAGGAGCCAGAGGAACCCCAGGAGCAUCCCUCAGGCAGCUCUGGGUGUGAUCCUGGCUUUUUGGGUGGCAGUGCUGCCCUGGAUGGGUCCCAGCUGCAGGUGGAGCUGGACCUAGACCUGCAGGAGCUGCUGAGCCUGAGCCCGUUCGCUGCCGCCUGCGCCGGUGAGGCUCUGGAGGAAAACAACCUGGAAAGAGAAACUUUGGAUGCAAUGAUAGAUGAUUGUUUGGGAUAUUCCACAGCUGCUGGGAGCUGCAGUCCUGAAAAAUCCACAGAGAGGGUGAUGCCUAAAGGGCGGGAAAGCGUGGAUCAGGAUUGCCUGGGAAGAUCCGUGCCCUCAUCCAACCUUCCCUGUGGCCAGAGCACAGGGGAUGAGAGCCCAGCAUCAUUGUUGCCACCAAAAAAAGAACUUCCCAAAGCCACAACGAGCUGUUCCUCAAGGAAAUCAGGCUUGCCAAAGGAUGCUGAAGGGGAAUCCACAGGAGCUGAGCAGCCACCAGGCAGCACUAAAUUAAGUGACACAGCUGUAGGCCAGACUGGGCAGGAAGGGCCACCCAGUGGGAAGAAAAGUGGCAAAGUAAUUCCUGUCCCACAGGAGAAGGAAGAAAGGCCAAAACAACGGACCUGCAUUUCAGAAGCACAGCCUGAGCAAAAGAAACGUUUCUCUCCAGGCUGUGGCAGUCCAAGUGAAGAGAAGUGUGGUUAUAACCUCAGGCAAUGGGAACUGCUGUGUAUGGUGAGAGUUUGCCUUGGAGAGCCUCCCUUCCUCCCAAACCACCCAUGGAUUUCUCAAGAAAAACUUCUAGAAAUCCCUUCUAGAAUUAUCAGUUUUUGGCAAGAAGUUGUUCCUUUGGGUAAAUAGGAGCUGAUUGUGCAGUUUCUGAAGGAGACCUGGGAUUUCUGGGGAGACACCGUGUUCCCUGGGAAGGAGCUGUGAUUCACAUCCUUCACAUGACUGCAGGAUGGAAAAACCCUGGAGUUUGGACUGGGCAAGGACACACUCUGUGCUGGGCUGGGAGCCCCUGGGAAGGGCAGAAUUCCAGGGAAUUGGCCUUUUCCUGAGCUCUGAGUGGAAUCCAGAUCAAGCUGCUUUGGCUGGAGCCCUUCUGGUCACUGCCUGUUCUUGCUGAGCAGUGCAAAGAAAACUCUCUGUGCUGUGAGAGGUGACAGCCCAGUGCCAGGCAAAUGUUCCUGCUCCAAAACAGAUGUUUGGACAGUGGUUUUCCAGGAGUGACCCCCAUGGUUGGAAUUUGCUUUGAAAACCAGAUGGUUUUUCAGUUAAAAAAUGUGAUUUCCUGAGUUAAGCUCAUCCCUGUGCAUAAAUAAAAUCAAAAUAAAGCAGCAAAAUUGUUUUUUUUCAAAACACAGAUGGAGCAAAGCUCUGUAGCACUCUGAGGCCUGCAGAUAACCAAGCCCCUUGAAGUAGUUUGGAUUUUAAUCUCACUUUUCUGAGGCUGCCUGAAGUUUGUGGGGUUUUGUCUCACUAUUUCAGGACAUGCAAAUGAGGGGAUUUGAGGUGGGCGAAGCAUUUUGUGAAGAAAAUUUCCUUUUUGUUUGAAGUUGAACCUUCAGCCUUUGUGGUGGGCCAGGGAGAAGGAGCCUUGCAAAGAAGGUAAUGAAGCAGCAGGCAGAAUUCCUGAAAGGAACUUUGAUGUUUUCACUUCUCAAGGUGCCUUCUUAGGAUGUGGUUUGACUUUGAAAACCUCCUACCAAGAAAAUCAGGUACCAGCUGCGAGCACCAAGGAAACAGAGAUUUGUUUUCAAGAGAUGCUGCUGCUCCAGCCUCAUCCAAAAGCUCCUCUCAUGUUUGUUUUAACUUUUUGACCAACUUUUAUUGCAGAAAUUCCCCAAAUUCUGACCCAUACCCAGUGGGUGAGCGAGAACUUGGCCAAACACUCUGAUUUCCAGAGAAUUCCUGAACUCUUGCAGUGUUUAUUCAUUGCAUUUUGCUGCUGAGGGGCUGUGCUGGUUCUUGUUCUGCAUUUAGAGGUGUUAAUUGGUCUGGUUUUCGGUGGUUUUAAGUUUCAUUUGUAACUUCUUCUGCAAAAGCAUGAGAUUUGCACCAGAGUUUAUAAAUAUUUUGCAGCUUUUAGAUGUCAUUUUCUUUUUUCCUGUGCUACUGAGCAACUCCAAAUGAGUUGGAGGUGGAUAGGUUGAUAUUCUCAAUGUUCUUCCCAGGGGUGCCAGCAGGGCCUUGUGACUCCUUUAGGUAUUUAUAGGUGGAAUUUUGGAGUGCAAAUUAAGUUUAUUCAGGCAGAAAAUCAUCUCAUAUUUUUAUCAUUGCAAUCUGACUAUUUUUGGAGAUGCUUUUGGCUCGUGUGAUCUUAAAGAAAUCAAAAUUUUGGCUCAGUACUGACGUUUUUUAAGCCUUGUGGUUCAUAGAUUUUAUUCUGUGGCACCCAGAGUGGGACAGGACUUUGGAAAACAGGCAAAGUUUCUCUCUGCCCUGAAUGUGCAGUGGCUGAGACAGGGAGAAUGGAAGUUAUUUGUCCAAAGGAUCAGCAGUGAAGCUUGGAGUAGAGCCUGACUGCACAAAUCCCAGAUCUCACAGAAUCCAGGCAGGAAGGAACCCAUGGACAGCACUUUUGGGACUCAGGCAUGGCCAGUGUCAGGUCCAGAACCUCUCAGGUGUUUUAAUUUUGUACAGAAUUUACUUCUGUAAAUUUUAUUUACAGAGAGCUUAGCAUCAAGGGAGAAGGAGAAAUCCCUUGGAAGCACGUGAGAGCUUCAGCACAUGGUGGUUGAUGGCUUUUAAACCAAUGAACCUCACAAAUCAAGUUCUUUGAAAAAUGAAUCAUUUACCUGUGGUCUGGGGACAAUUUCACCUGAUAUCUGUGGAAUCCCAGGAGGGUUUGGGUUGAAAGGGACAUAAAGAUCAUUCAGAUCAUCUCAGUCAGGGCAGGGACACCUUCUGCUAUCCCAGAUUGCUCCAGUACCUGUCCAACCCACCCCCAGACACUUCCAGGGGUGGAAAUUCUCAGCAGGCAGCUCCUGACCCUGCCAGGAAGGUGCUGAAGGUGUCUCCAGGAGGAGUUUUGUGUUCUUUGGGAGUGUAAAACUCUGCCAUGAAGCUGCUCUGCCCUUUGGGAAGGAUUUAGGCUUCUGGGCAGCUUUAGUGCUGCAAAUUUCCCUCUUUGACAUUGCAAAUGAUUCACAUCUGAAUGGUGGAGAGAGGAGGGAGGGAUUGUGGAUUAAGCCUUCAUGGAAGGACAGUGUUUUGCUGUGUGUUUGCUGUUAGAGAUCAGCCAAGGGCCCUGCUGAUGAUUUUUGCUGUAGUAGAACGCAGCGAUAUCAAUAAAAGCUGAAAUAAAACUGGCUUUGUGCAAGCCCUGCGUGAGCUCUGAUAAAAUGCCUCACAAUUAAAAAUUUAAUAGCGUUCAUCAAUGUAUUGCAGCCAGCUGGAAAACAAUGAGACUGAAAUAAAACCACUGUGUGGGAUUUUUUUUCUGCCUUCCUCUCAAAAACUAACCAGCUCUUCCCUGUAAGGAGGAAGAAAUUGCAUCCUGAAACUGGAAAUAGUGGAAGCAGACAAUCUCCUUUUGGUUUAAGAGGAUAUUUAGGUGCAGAACAGGUCUGGAUGGUAUAAAUAUGUUUAAUUUAGCAGUUGGUGGCAUUAAAGGUGAGGGGUUUUGUGAAUUCAAAAGGACAGUGAUGCUGCAAAGUGUCAAAUGGCAUUGUGGGGCUCUGCAUCCAGCGUGUCCAGAUUCCAAGGAAAAAGAGGUUUUUUUUCUGGCUGCCAGCUUUGCUGCCUCCAUCUGGGAAUCUGAAAUUCAAGCUGUGCCUUCCCCGGCUCUGUCACUAAUAAUGAAGAUUCUUCAUUUGGAACUUACUUAACCAAAAUUGAGGCUGAAGGAGAAUCCAGCUCCUUUUUUUUUUCCUCGAGACGUGUGGGCUGCAGCAGCACCAAGGGGGAACAGCAUCAUUUUAACGCCUGAGGUCAGCAGACAAUUCAAUAGACGCCAGAUUUGUGGUGGAAACACAAGAUAUUUUAGCAUAACAAGCAUGUUGAUAUGGCAGCUUUUUAACAAAAGCUGAUUGAAUUUGGUCAGCUCUGCUUCCAGUCUAGGCUGUAAUAGCUCAUUACACGUCGUUAAAAAGCUGCUUUAUAUAUUUUUUUUAAUUUUUUUUUUUUUUUUGGCUGCAAAUCUGGGGGAAAUUACAUUUGGUGGAACAUAUGGUGUCAUCUUCAGCUCUCUCCUCGGGAAGCGCAGGCCUCGCCGAGGUGCCGUGUUUUGCUGGGGAAAAAUGGAUGUGCAGCUGUGACAUUGGCUUUGGAGUGAUGUCACCUUUUCUGUCUUUGGCAAACACUGCCAUCAGCAGCCUGUUCCUCUCCCUUGGCAUCUCCAUUACCAGCUGAGAUUGUGCUAACACUUUUCCUCCGUGUAGGUGUUUCCUCCUCGGCUUCUAUUGAAGUGGCAGGGAAUCAAAAUGCCUCGUGUUCCCUUUUUCCCCGGAGCACCGAGCCUGUUCCUGGUGGCCCGGGGGAGGGGGUGACAAGUGGCUGGGGCUGUGUUGUGAGUUGGAAGGACACGCUGUGCAGGAUUGUUUGCUCCACACUUCCUCCCUCGGCUCCUCUUUGCUAAACUCGUGGGGGAGGAAUCUAUUGGUUAAAUUGUACUUGUAGGCAUAAUAUUACAGUGUUGGGAAGGAAGAAGGAGAGCGGUGCUUAACUCCAAACACGCCCUGGCUGUGCUGGCGAAGGGUUUUGUUUGCAGCUCCCUGCUCCUGUUGUGUCCCAAAUCUCCGCUCAGUGGGUUCUUGGAAAUCAAUGGGAUUCGUCCCGAGCCAGCUGGGCUGGCUUUGCUUUCAGGGAUCAGCAGGAGAUCAGCCUCUCUGGGAUCCCUGGCACAGCAGCCCACUCCCUCUUGCUGCUUUUUAGUAUUUAUUGAAACCUCCCUUUCGCAGCUCCCGCUUCCAACAAUGAGUCAAAAUCAGCAGCCAGGGCGAAAACCCGUGGGGGGACGUGGGUGGUCUGGAGGGUGUGCUGUGCUGUGGCCCAGCAUGACUUCCCUCAGUGUGCCUUGGGUUUAUUUUUGCUUGAUGCCUUGCCUUUGUUGACUGUAAAACACCUCAGAAGUAUCUUUGGCAGCUGCUGAUGGGAGCGAGGUCUCUGUUCUAAAGAUGGGUUUAGGAUUGAGCUCACACAUUGCUGACUCUCAUGGGUUACGGUGGGAUUUAAUACCCAGACAGCAGUUAAAGCUUUGGUGUUUAUGACCCUCACAACAGCAGCAUUUUAAGUAACUUUCUUCUCCUAUAACCCUUUCCUAAAGUGUGGAUUUACUCCACCACUUCAAUUCAGAGUGGCUAAAAAAUUUCCUUGAAGGGAAUCACUUGAACUGAGUGGUUUGGAGUCCCUGUCUGAGCUGAACUCUGCCAGCCCACAUUUGUUUCUCCUCACAAACAACAUUUCUUUACUCUCCAAGCCUGCAGUUCUGGGUUAUCAAAUGCAGGUUAUCAAAAUAACCCUGGCAUCUCCUGCCACAUGUGAAUAUUGAACUCUGCCCCACACUGACACUUUAAUUCUGAUCUACCAGAGGAGUGAUCACAUCUCUGUCAGGAAAGAAAUAGCUUCAAUCUGUCCCUAGGAAACAACAACUGUGGGGAAAAGAAAAGGGAUAUGGUCUGAAUUCCCAGGGACAACUGGCUUUAAAAGCAGCCACACAACCCCCCAACCUGCCAAAUUACCAGGCUGGAUUUCUGCUGGAGCAGCUCUCUGAGGGCUGCUUGCUCGGCUGUCUGCUCCAGGAUUAGGAGAGAGCAUCUCCCUUAUCGUUUUGCACAUGCUGUACCAUCUGUCCUAAAUCUCCCUUUGUCGGGCUGUGGAUUCCAAGUGCUAUUUCUUCCUUGGGAGAUAACAGACGUGGCUGAAGAAUUUUGCUAGGUAGGGCUGGGGUGCUAUUUAUGGUGAGAGUUUUUUUUUUUGUCCUGCAGCCAGAACCAACUCUGAACUCCCCUGGGUUUUCUCCACCCAGACACUGAGAAAAUAUUUUAGGUUAUAGGUGUGUUUAGGUUUUAAGUCUGGGAAAUAUGAAGUCCCCCAGUUGUAGGGUGUGUGUGCUGCUGAAAGAGGGUGAAUAUGAAAUAAUUAAAUUCAGGCAUUACAAGGACACAAGAGAUGCCUUUAAUCUUUUAUUGUACAUUAUAAAAUGUUUAUUGCUCUGUCUGUAUCAGAGGUGGUGACCUCUCCUUCUUGGUGAUGGAAAAGUAUGUUCAGGCAAAGGAUCCUGGAGACACCUUUGGGGUUGGCCUGGCUGGAACCAGCACUUCUGCAGGAGAAAUUCCCAGUGCUUUUCUCCCAAACCAGCUCUUUGGGAAAAGCUGGUGACAGGGGCAUUGGAGAGAUGGCAGCUCCUCACUGCCAGCCUGGUUCUUUGCAGAGACUCCCAACCCAGGCUCCUCUGAGUGCAGGUUUGUUGUGACAAGCUCCAAACCUUCCCUCAGACCAGCCUCUCUUGGAGUGUGACGGAACAAUUUGGAUCCUGCCUCAUCCCCUAAGUGCAUAUGGAGUGAUCUUGUGGAGGAAUUAAAUAAAUACAGAUACCCCAUGGCACACUACAAAGAAUAAAUCUUUUUCAUGUCAUGGUCCUGCAUCUCCCAGCUAUCCAGAGCACCAGCAAUCCCCAGGGAUCCUGUCAACUUCCAAACAUCCAGCAUUUCCUAAGAGAGAGAUCCUCAUCCUUUUUGGGAAGGGCUGUCUCCAGCAGACUCCUGCCUUUCCAGCCUCAGGAGAACAGCACAGGCAAGGAUGUGUAAGGAAAACCAGCCCUUCCCACACAGAAACUUUACUAAAAGAAGCUUUUUAAGAACUUAAGCCCUCAAAAAAAUGCCCCUCAGGCCAGAGCCUUCCACAAUAAACAGCUCUUGCCCCUGGAGACCUUGCAUAGCAACCGGUAUCAUCAGGUAUUUUGUCUUUUUCUUUGUUUUGUUUUGUUUUUUUUUUUUGCUGACUGGCUACAUUUUUAUGGACCUUUUAUGCCAUUGGUGGUGGACUCAGGC